GAAAUUGCUUUUUUGUCGAAAAUAGACAAAUAAAUCUAGCGAAGAAAGCUCAUAACACAUUAAAUUUUUCCUCGACUGCGUCACUAUAUUCCUAUGCCCUGUCGGCUGGAGAAUGGCUCAGUGUGGCUGCAACGGCAAAGUGGGCUAUUUGGUCAUUGAAUUAUUGCUAUUUAUUCUUGAUGGGUGGUGACAAUGGAUAUAACUAAUCAAGCACAGGAUCGUCGAAGACGUGAAGAAGCUAUAUUACCAGAACUGCUGUAUCUUGUCGCCAAGUUUUUGGAUUCAAGUGCCUGCAAAAGUUCAGCCAAGGUUUUGCUGGAGGAAAUACGGCAGCUGAAGCUGGUGCCGGACCGUUACGAUUGGCUCGGCAAUCGCCAUGAGCGGACUUGGGAGGAAUGGGACCGUCUUCACCCCCAUGUCGGCGGUGAGACGCUGCUGCGACUGUGCGGUAACAUGCUGCCGCUGCUGGACCGCCUGGUACCCAGCGGCGUGCGCGGCCUGCACUCGCUGCUCGGCGCCGGCUCCAACUCGGUGCUGCGAACAGAGCCGGGGAGCCAGCAGCGCCACCUGCCAGUGCACCGGGUGGCGGCCAGAAUCGCAGGACGGCCCAUACUCGACCCCGUCGGUCUCAAACACACACCCACACUACCGGUGAGCAGUUUUGGCCGCGAGCUGCAGGGCAGCUGUCUGCGGCGUCACCUCAGCACCGAGCGGCUGCUGAGCCGCACACAGCUGCUCAAACGCACCCUGGGCCACCUCUCGGCCGUCUACUGCGUGCUGUUCGACCGCACCGGCUUCUGCGUCAUCACCGGGGCUGACGACCGUCUGGUGAAGGUGUGGUCGGCGCUGGACGGUCGCCUGCUGGCCACACUGCGCGGGGCGGCCGCCGAGAUCACCGACCUGGCCAUCAGUGGGGACAACACCCUGCUGGCGGCCGGCAGCUGCGACAAGGUCAUCCGCGUCUGGGACCUGCAGACCACCGCCCCGGUGGCAGUGCUGUCCGGUCACGGCGGUAUGAUCACGGCGCUGGAGUUCUGCCCGGGCCCGCUGCCGCAGCAGCGGCUGCUCGUCUCCACGGCGAACGACGGUUGCGUGGCGUUCUGGAGUUACCGGGACAAGGAGCGGCCGGGCGGCGGCCGGCCGGGCGUUCAGUUCGCCAGCCGGCCGGUGAAGAUCAACGAGCGCGUGCGGCCCGGCCAGGCGCAGCUCAUCUGCGCUGCGUUCAGCGCCGGCGGCACGUUUCUGGCCAUCGGCGGAGCGGACCAUCACGUCAGGGUAUACCGGACCGACUUCAGUGACGGCCCGGAGCGUAUUUUGGAGCUGGAGGCGCACUCUGACCGGGUGGACAGCAUCCAGUGGUGCCACAGCGGCUGCCGCUUCGUCUCCGGCUCCAAGGACGGCACUGCCAUCGUGUGGACGUUCGAGCGCCAGGAGUGGUGCCAGCGCAAACUGGUCAUGGAACGGCGGCCGGAGUUCCGCGAGCCGCACGAUGACGGCCGGCAGCGGCCACUGCGCGUCAACAUGGUGCGCUGGACCACCGAUGACGCGUAUGUCGUCACCACCGUCAGUGACACCAGUCUCAGAGUGUGGGAGGCGACCACUGGCCGUCUUCUUCACGUGCUGGCCGGUCACACAGACGAGGUGUUUGUGGUCGAGAGCCAUCCGAAGGAGCCGCGACUGGUGCUGACCGCCGGACACGACGGACGCCUGUUCAUCUGGGAUGUCUGGUCCGGCGUCGCGCUAACAUCCUUCUUCAACCAUAUCGAGGGCGAGGGUCACGGCGGCUUAUUUGACGCGCGCUGGUCGCCCUGCGGCCUGUUCAUCGCCGCCACCGACUCACACGGACACCUGUCGCACUUUGGUGUCAGCGGCAACGACCAGUUUACUCGGGUGCCGUACGAGCAGUUCUUCCACACGGACUACCGCCCUCUGAUGCGGGACGCGCGGCACCAGGUGCUGGACGAACAGACGCAGAUGGCUCCCCACCUGCUGCCGCCGCCGCUGCUCGUCGAUCGCGACGGCAACCCGCAGUCGGCGGCGGCGCAGCGGCUGGUGCCCGGCCGCGGCCACAUGACGGACCAGCAGCUGCUGCCCGUGCUGCAGCCAGUAAACGUGGAGGAGGACGACCUGGUAGACGUGGAGCAGCUGGGGCCCGAGGUGCGACAGAGGCGACCCACCAUCGACGACAUGAUCGAGCGGUUAGCCAUCGAGCAGGCCAUGCGAGAGACAGCGGAGGAGGCUGAGGAGGCGGCGGACGGCGGCGCCGCGCCGGCCGCGGCGGACGCCCCUGUCCCAGAGGAGGCGGCUGGAGCCGGGGAGCCGGCGGCACCGGCCCCGCCGCGGCCGGCAGCAGCUGCCAGCGACUGGCGUCACCGGCGGGUGGCGCCGCGGCUGUCUGCCAGGGAGCUGCAGCGACACAUCGAGUACAGGAGCCUGGAGGCGGAGCUGGAACAGAAACACUUUGAGGACGAGAUGGCCAGGCCGCGCCGGCCGCCGUCGCCCACCCAGCGGCGGUUGACGACGCGCGAGCGGCGGCGGCAGCGGCUGCUGCGCCGGCGCCGCCAGCCCAGCCAGCCGGACGGGCCGCAGGAGCCGGCCCAGCUGGAGCAGGAGCAGGAGCGACGGCAGGAGCGCCAGGAGCGAGAGCAGAGGGUCACCCGGGCCGCCCGCGCCGUGCGCGCGCCCUUCAACGAAGACUUCGAGAACCCGGACAACCUGUCGGAGCUGGGCUCCCCCUCCGGCUCGUCUUCCGGCUCAGACUCCGACUCCGACUCCGAAGAGGAGGAGGUGGACGCGUCGACUCGCCGAUCCGGGGCCAGCGAGUCGAGCGAGUACUCGGACUGGGUGGCGGAAUCGGGAGUCAGCCUGAACCCGCCGCAGCGACAGCCCAAACGGCUCACAGCUCGGCAGCGGGCGCUGCGGCGCCGGAUGCGCAGCGGCGCGUCCGAGCCGGACCCGGAGCCGCGCCCCGGCCCGUCGGGCACCCAGUCCCGGCCCCGGCGGGCCUCCCCGCCGCCGCCGGCCCCCGCCGAGGAGGAGGAGGCUGUGGGGUCGCCGGAGUCAGCCGCCCGCGCCGGCACCAGCUCCAAGCGCCAGCGGCCGUCCCGAGCCGCCAGAAAACGGACGACUGCCGGUGGUAGCGGUGAGUCGGCGGCCUCCGACCCUGCGCCGGCGGCGGUCACCUCCAGCGCCCAGCAGCAGCUGGUCGACACGCUGGCCCCGUCCGCCUGGCUGUCCGAGGUGCUGCCCAGAAAGACGCCCUACUUCCCACAGAUGGGGGACGAGCUUAUCUACUUCCGUCAAGGCCACCAGCUGUACGUGGAGGCGGUCAAGCGGCGAAAGAUCUACGACAUAAGGCCACAGAACCUGCCUUGGGUCAAACAGGUCCUUCGGGACCGUGAGCUGGUGCGGAUAAUCGGCAUCAAGUACGAGCUGCGGCCGCCGUGCCUGUGCUGUCUGAAGCUGGGUCGCCUGGACCCGGAGACGGGCGCCGUGAGCGGCGGCAGCUUCACCAUCAAGUACCACGACAUGCCGGACGUGGUAGACUUCCUGGUGCUACGGCCGACGUAUGAGACGGCCAUGAGCCGCGACUGGCAGCCCGACGACCGGUUCCGCUCGACGAUCGACGACGCGUGGUGGACGGGCCGAGUACUGGAGCGGCGGCCGCUGGACCCGGAGUCGCCCGAGUCGCCGUUCCUCUGCUACCGGGUGGCCUGGGACACGGGCGAGUCGGAGCCGCUCAGUCCGUGGGACAUGGAGCCGCUGGGGGCCGGCUGGCCGUCCGAUGACGAGGCCAGCCAGACGUCCGUGCCGCUGACGGACGAGGAGCUGCGCGGCGCCGGCCUGCCCGGCUGGCGACAGCGCCCCGAGGACUGGGCCAACGACAGCCCCGAGGCGCAGAUGGACCGCAUCCGGCGCUGUCUGGAGGUUGUGAUGCAGCUGGCGAUUGCCGAGCCUUUCCUGGCGCCGGUGGACCUCAACCGGUACCCGACGUACGCCCAGAUCGUGGAGUACCCCAUCGACUUAUCGACUAUCAAGGCUCGUCUGGAGAACGGUUUCUACCGUCGCAUCACGGCCGUCCAGUUCGACGUGCGCUACCUGGCCUCCAACACGGAAAAGUUCAACCAGCCGCACUCGACCAUCGUCCGCUCUGCGCGCAUCAUCACCGACGUGUGUCUGGAGAUGAUCGGCGACAGCACGUGCCACGACCCGGCGCCGCUGUACCGGCGACACGCGGCCGCCUACAACAGCGGCGGCGGACGCGAGAGGGACCGGCGCGGCGGCGGUCAGCGCGCCGGGCCGGCCGGAGCGGGCACCGGCAGCGGCCGGCGCGGGUCGCAGCGCUCACCGCGCGUCACACGACAGAUCGCGCGGCGCCGGUUCGCCGACAAGACGUGGCAGGAGCUGUGCGCAGAGCUGCUGGACAACCUGGUGCGACACGAGGACUCUGAACACUUCCGCGAGCCGGUCAACCUGGACGACUACCCCGACUACCUGAACCUGGUGGAGAGUCCGAUGGACCUGAGCUCUGUCAGAGAGGAACUCGAGGCCGGCUCCUACGUCUCGCCGCAGGAGUUCGCCGACGACAUCAGACUCAUCUUCCACAACUCCAAGACGUACAACACCAACAAACGAUCCACGAUAUUUGCCAUGACGCUGCGGCUGUCGUGCUACUUCGAGGAGCAGAUGCGGCCGAUCCUCACGUACUUUGUGACCGGCCAGCGGCCGACCCGCUCCAGUCGGAGGCGGCACAGCGACUCGGACCCGCAGCCCUCCUCCAGCCGACAGCCCGGUCCCUCGCGAAGCCGUCCCCCGGAGCAGAGCGGCCGGCCGGUGAACGGGUUCGCCCACUCCUCUGACGAAGAGUCUGAAGAGGAGGAGGAGCUCCCUCCGCGGCUGGCCCGCAGCAGGCCCUUCCGUCCGCCGGCACAGCCCGCCUCUGGCCGGCUGCGGGGCCGCGUGCCCGUCUCGUACGCAGAGGACAGCGACUCGUCUGUGACGCGGCUGGCCCGCCGGGGUCGACUGGCGGCGCCGCUGGGGCCGCCGCCGCCGCGGCUGCACCCGGUCCGCACGGGCCCGGCGCAGCGGCGUGCCAUGGCGGCGGCGGCGGCGGCGGCCGAGCAGGAGGAACCAGAGGACGGCGCGGGAGGAGAGGGCGCGGAGGACGGCGGCAGCUCCAGCGGCUCCAGCUCCUCCAGCUCCAGCUCCAGCAGCCAGGAGGACGCGGAGGAGGAGGAGGAGGCGGUCGAUGAGGAUGAGGACGAGGAGAGUGAGACCGAGUCGCCGCGCCUCCGGCCGAGCCGGACCACCAAAUACGACCACGACAGUGACUGGGAAGUGCGCGAGAGGAGGGACAGCCCGCCGGCGCGCCAGCCGCGCCGCACCGGACGCGCCCGGCCGCAGACCGCGCGCGCCUGGCGCCAGAUCUCCGGCGACGAUGAUGAUGAUGACGACGAUGAUUUCCAGCCGUCGCCGCCAAAAUCACGCACUCGCAGCCGCACGGCGUCCAAAAAGGCUCCCAAGCGGCGGCGGGCGGCAGACGACGAUGACGAUGACGAAGACUCGGACGCAGUGGGCCCGUCCCGACCGUCUGCCAAGCGGCGGCGAGCGCCGGCCGUCACCGAGGAGUCUGAAGGAGACGAAGAGCUGCCCCCGUCCCUGCCACCUCCGCCUCGGCCGUCUGCCAAGCGGCGGCGCGCGCCAGCCGUCAGCGAGGAGUCAGAAGAGGAGGAACCACCACCCCCUUCAUCGCCCCCGCCGCCCCGGCCGUCUGCCAAGCGGAAGCACGCGCCGGCCAUCAGCGAGGAGUCGGAAGAAGAAGAGGCCGCGCCGCCGCCGGCGCGAACCAAACGGCUGCGGCUGCCAGAGAGUGACGAUGAGUCGGACGAGCCCACUCCACCGCCGCCCAAGGCGCGCGACCCGCGCCGGCGGCGGCGACACUCAUCUCCCGAGGAGAGCGAAGAGGAGGCGCCGGCGCCGGCGGCCAGCCGCGCGGGACGGCGCGUCCCCCGCCGGCCGGCCCGGCUCGUCGCCUCGGACGACGACGAGACGGGCGGCGCGCACGGGCACACGAACGGCACCUCCGGCGGCCGGCAGAAGUCAAGCCGCUCGGCGGCGGCGCGCGCCCAUGCCCUGCUGGCGCUCUCCGACGAAGACGAGGAUUCGGACGAGGCGCGCAGCGCGCGGCUGGCGCGCCGCCUGGCGCACGCCGACGCCGGCUGGGGCGGCCGGCCGCCGGAGCCGCGCCGGCGCUCGUUCGUCUCGGCCGAGGACGAGGCGGCCGAGGGCGCGCCCCGAAUCAGCGUCAGCAGUCGCGGCCGGGUGCGCAAACUGAACCCGCACGCGUUCGUGACGGACUGACAGGCGGCCGCCGGCGGUCCGCGACGACGCACCCGCUCAACACGGCCGGGCGCGACCGGUGGGUCCGGCGCCGGCGGCCGCUGACACACACUAACUGACGCUCAUUUCGGCAGGUAACCGUGCCACCGACCGGUGCGGCCACCCGCCAGACACGCCGCGCAGCAUGGAUCAAUGACGGGUGAUUCCGCGAGUCUCUUGUUUUUCACAUUUUUGUCAUUUUCUUUGCUCAAUUGUUGAAACAAACUUGUGAAUAAAUGUCUUUGUAAUA